GUCAAAAAGGGAGGCUACUCUUGUACUUCCGGUAAAUUAGCACAACAUGGAAAACGUAAACAAACAUCGAUUGGCGAUUUUAUCAUAGUUUGUCGUCACUGUGUACACUAUAAAUUGAACACUAAAAGGCUGCAGAUCGCGAUCGAGACGUCUUGAAGUCAGCUGGAUAUCAACAAGGGAGAGAACUUAGGUACAGAAGAUGAGUGGAGGUCUAGCUCCAAGCAAGAGUACCAUUUACGUUGGAAAUCUACCAUUUUCACUAACUAACAAUGACCUCCACAAGAUCUUUGAAAAAUAUGGAAAAAUAGCAAAGGUGACUAUCAUGAGAGACAAGGUGACGAGGAAUAGUAAGGGUGUGGCCUUCGUCCUUUUUGUUGAGCGAGACUCCGCUCACAAAGCCAGUCAUGCUCUCCACAACACAACCAUGUUUGGGCGUACAAUACGAUGUACUAUUGCCAAAGACAAUGGCCGCACCACAGAGUUUAUCAAGAGGAAGGACUACCCAGACAAGUCUCGCUGCUACGAGUGUGGAGAGGAAGGACACUUAAGCUACAAAUGUCCAAAGAAUUUAUUGGGAGAACGGCAACCUCCACCAAAGAAGGAUAAAAAGAAGAAGAAAUACCAAGAGGAAGAGGGUGAGGAAGAAGAAGAGGAGGAAGAUGAUGAUGAUAAGGAAGACGAUAUCCCUGACCCAGCUCUGGAUAGUCUGGCUGCUGCCAUUAGUUAUCAGAGACAACAAAUGGAAAGUGAAAUUGCCAGGAGAUAUGGAGAGACAAGUCUCAAUUUUAAUGAUGUGGAUGAACCUAAACGAAAGAAGUACAAAAAGGAUGCCUACUUUAGUGAUGAGGAGGAAGUUCAGGAUGAUUGACACACACCUGUAUGUUACACCUGUGUAUUGUCAGGAAGUGGAUGACCGAGGUUCACCUUUAUGUUUUACCUGUGUAUUGUUUGAAAGUGGAGGAUGAUUUGAAGCAUACCUGUGUAUUGUCAGGAAGUGGAUGACCGAGGUACACCUGUAUGUUUUACCUGUGUAUUGUCAGGAAGUGGAGGAUGACCGAGGUUCACCUGUAUGUUUUACCUGUGUAUUGUCAGGAAGUGGAUGACCAAGGUACACCUGUAUGUUUUACCUGUGUAUUGUUUGAAAGUGGAGGAUGAUUUGAGGCAUACCAAUGUAUUGUCAGGAAGUAGAAAAUGAUUUGGAACACACCUGUAUGCUAUACCCAUGUAUUGUCCAUUGAUGUGGAGAUGUAGCGGUUCAGCAUAAUGCAGUGGUUCAGCAUAAUACACAAGUAAUGAGAUAAAUUGUUAUGAAUUCUCUGCUGGACACUGGUAUUUACCUAGAAUCCGACUUCGAUACCAGUACUGGUAUUUACCUAGAAUCUGACUUUGGUACCAGUACUCAAUAGUACUCCAUGAUUAGUACCAGGAGACCAAAUGACAUUAUCUGGUAGUUUCAGUAAACAUCUAGCAAUGUGUCGUAACAUGGAUGGAUAUUUCUGACGAGUAAAUUGAUAUUAUGUUUAAGGAUUCACAUGGACUCUUGGUGAUAUGGAUGCAACUUUCUGUCACCUUAUCAUAAAUAGCUUUGAAUUAUUUGAGAUCUACAUUCUCCUGUAUAAUAAUAAUUUAUGCAAUUUUCAUCAAAUUGUCAGGUGAUAUCCAUACACCACAAAUGGUCAUUACAGAUGGAGACAGUUUGGUUUAAAAGUUAAGAUGGUGAACUAAGCAAAGGGCAAUAACUCUUACAACUUAUAGUCCAAUUAAAAUGCUGCACAGGAAAACACAACUACAUGUCAUGAUAAUGGAGCCUACAUGUAGUUUCAUAGAGAUCAAUUGAAAACUGAGACAUGUGAUAAUUUUGACAGGCAUACACACACAUAUUAUAUAUAUACAUGUGUAUAUAUAGUUAACGACAACAGCUAGUCCAAACAGUGUGGAACGAGAGAACAACUGACUUGAUAAAGUACAAAAAUACUAUUAGGGUAUUGUAAUUUUUUAUUCUUAUCCCCAUGAACAAUUUAUAUGUAUACAAACAUAAAUAUCAACAGUCAGUAAUAUUCAAACAACACAAACAGAAAAUAAGCCAAACUUUGACAAACAUAUCUUAUAUAGGGGAAAGGUAUGAAAGUCUGUCAACAAUGAUCAUUAAUGAUACCCUUGGCCAACACAAGGUCAUGGCUGAAUUGUUAAAACUUGUCAAAGAAUUCAAAAGAUCACAUGUCUGGAGUAGUUAUAUUUGAUCUGUGACUUGCUAGAGUGAUUGGUGUUAAAAGUUAUAAAAGUGAAUUACAUGUACUAUAUAACCCUUCUAGUUCAGUGAAAGGUCAUUUUCAAAGUUUGAAAUAACCUAGUAAUAAAAUUGUAAAAUAAAAAUAAACUUUGCCUGAAACAUGGAGGGAUAUAGCAUUGCAGUGUUUAUCUCAAAGUGCUGAAAAUACUUGUGUAUACUUUAUUAUUAUGUUUUGAAUAUGAAUGGUUAUCAUGCAGAAAGGAUUUUGUGUAGCCGAGCAUAGUGGUACUGGUGUUGGACACUAUUUAACUGAUGUUAUCGGUUAGAUUUGAGUUUGUUAUAUACCCCGACAGUUUUUAUAGGUGCUAAUUUGAUUGAGCUAUUACAGAAUGUACCGGUAUGUCCCUUUGCUAACAUGGUUAUCAGUUAUCAUUACUGUUUUUGGUAAAUCUAGUACAUGUUUUAUACUUUGGAGUACUCAUUGCACCCAUAGACCUUGAGGGUAUGUUUUUGACUCCCCCAAAAUGAGAUCUGAUUCUCAAGAUUAAAGGGCCAUGUCUAUCUGGUGUAUGUUUUGACUGUUCAGAUAUCUGAGAAACAGUAAUUUGACUUCUGAAAGUGCUGAAAAUCAAUGCAAGGGUCAGCUGGAUGUACAUGUCCUGGGAAUUGUUAUAACCAUGUUGAAAUUUUAAUAAAAUAUUGUAAAAGUUA